AUGCUUCUUACUCGAGGAGUUGGUCUUGCUACCCGAACUUUAAGACGACUUGGUUCUACGUUGGCAUUUGUAGAAGGCCAAGGUGGUAACAUCACAGUGGCCUCUUUGGCAGGUCUCACUGCCGCUAGUCAAAUUGGAAAUACCAUCAGUGUGCUGGUGGCAGGUUCAAACGCCAAUUCUAUUGCCUCACAACUCCCAAAGGAUGUGGUUAGUAAAGUAUUCAUUGCAGAAGACCCUUUUUUUGAUCAUAAUGCUGCCGAGCUGAUAACCCCAUUGGUGAGUCAAGUGUUCCGGGAUCAUAAUUUCACCCAUUUCGUUACCCCUGCCUCGACAGUUGGUAAAAACAUUCUUCCCCGGUUGGCUGCUGUCCUUGAUAGACAACCAAUCAGUGAAAUCACAGCAGUGAAAGACGCAUCCACAUUUGUUCGCCCCAUAUAUGCUGGUAAUGCCUUACAAACAGUGCAAACGACUGAACCUCAGGUAUUGGUUUCAGUGCGAGGGACCUCAUUUGAGCCUGUGAAAUUGGAAGGAAGUGCAGCUCCACCAGUAGAGUCGGUUACCCUCAAAGAAGUUCCUGGCUCAAUUGCUGAAUUUGUGAAUGAGCAGCUUUUGACAUCUGACAAACCUGAUUUGGGAUCUGCCACUCGUGUGGUGUCUGGAGGACGUGGUCUCAAGUCCAAAGAAAACUUUGACUCCUUAUUGAACCCUCUGGCAGAUAAGCUCGGUGCUGCUAUUGGGGCCUCCCGUGCUGCUGUCGAUCUAGGAUUUGUGGACAACUCCUUGCAAGUAGGUCAAACAGGGAAGGUAGUAGCCCCUGAACUUUAUAUUGCUGUUGGCCUGUCAGGUGCUAUUCAGCACCUCGCUGGAAUGAAAGACUCCAAGACCAUUGUGGCCAUCAACAAAGAUGAAGACGCUCCUAUUUUCAGUGUUGCCGAUAUUGGUUUAGUUGGUGAUAUCUUUGAAGUUGUUCCGGAGUUGACUGAAAAGUUGUAG